AUGGAAGAAGACCGGCCAGCGCUCUUCCCCUUCUUGCUGCUCUGCUUGGCCGUUAUCGCAGCGGACGUUCUGUUAGUGAUGUCCUUCAACCCGCCAAGCUUCAGCAGUCGUGAAGCCCGACAGAUCACAGACUCUUUCCAAGAUGAACAAACAAAGUUGCUCUCAGAUCCGCCAAACGUUGUGGGCGUAGUUCUGCCCCGGUGCAUGGAUCAGGCAACCGGGGACGUGCUCCCGUCUCUGAAUACUUGCGCCAUAGCAGGUUGCGACAGAACAAGGGGAUGUGCUGGGUUUGUGUAUCAGGUAACAAAGGAGGUGAUCAAAGAAACUGGAUCCAGCGAAGCGCCACAGCGGUGCUGUAUGAUAUUAGCACCUCCUUUUUCGGCGAAGGAGGCCGAAGGAAAGAAACACGGCCUGAGAAGCAGCCGCCGCGAUCUGCGGGGCGGGCGCGCUCUGCUGACGACCGGAGACGACUGCCGAGUUGUUCCUGACGUCAGCAACGGCACCGCUACGAGCGGCGCUUGUGCAGCAUCGGGGGCGUUUACGCACCCGGGCUGCUGCUCGAUCGCCUGCGUAUCCUACGGCUACUCGAUCUCGUAUUGCUCGUGCACAGCCGCUUAUAUGACCGAAAACGUCACCUGCGGACGUGGCGGCUCCUUUGUGCCCGCGUGCUGUCGAAGUGACGAUGCGGUCUCUGCUCUCGUUGAAGCUCGGAACCAGGAUAACAGAGUCUUCCGAUCGUACUUUUCAGAAUUGCCGGAGUCCUCGUCGGAUAGAGACGUGACGCGUACCGAGUUGAAGAUGACGAUCCUGAUCGUGGUGAUGCAAGGUGCCGUCAUAGCGGUAGUGUUGGGAGUUGUCGCCCGAGAGUUUCUUUCGAAUCGAAAGAGGCGGUGCUGA